GAGCAGAGCCGCCUCGUUGAUCCGAGAUUCGGUGCCGCCUGCGCGGCCGAGCGUCCCGGCGGGAUGGAGCCUGGGGCCCGGGGCCAGGGGCCCGGGAUGGGCGGCGGGCGGCGGGAUGGAGCUGCUCCUGUCGGGCCGCGCGCCUCGGCCUUGGCUUCCUGUCCCCCACCUCCAAGCGCGUGGCGCGGACGUCUUCGGGAGCCAGGAGCUGCCUGGCCCGCGGGCCAGGUGGUCAUCGGAGGAUGGCCGCAUUCCCGCAGCGCGAAGGGAGCGAGGGGCGGCUGUUGAGUGGCCCCCCCAGACAGGGACCCGCUGUCUGCAUGUCGUUCCUGGAGGUGGCGGGUGAGACCCGGGCGACGCCUGGAUGGAGCAGCUCAGAGAGCGGACAGCGGCUUUGGGGGCAGGUUCUGGCCAAACCCCGCGGGAGGGCUGGGCCUGCGGGCCCGUGGAGGAGUUGCCGUCCUGGCCUCGCCACCCCUCCGUCUCCGGCGCACGCAGCACUCGGGCGGCCAUUUGCCCUGACCAGCGGCUGGAGGGGGAGCUCGCAGGAGUCCGCUCUGCAGGGCUCCAGGCCGACGCCCCUGGCAGCGCCUCCUGGUAGCCUGGGACCAGUUUUGCUGCUUGUGUUCUAGCGUCGCUUCCAUCCACAGGUUAUUUAGGCGAGCUGUAAAUGGCAGGUACCGGGUGAAACUAGACCCACUCGCUGGGUCUCCCCUGCAGCCCAUCUGUGGGGCCCCGUGCCCUGCCAUCGACACACAGCCGUCAGCGGCCAUCCGCCUCCCUCCACGCCCCAGAACACAGCGCCGUGGGCAUCUCCGUUUUGCAGUGUUGUCUGGUCCCCAGCACGUGGGUGUCAAGGCCCACGCCUCCCCCGUGGCUCAGCUGCGGGCUCCCAGGCCUAGGCGCCCAUGACGCCUCCGCUGACCGCCGCCUGGACGCCGCCUCCGCUGCGAGCUAGCGCCACCGCCGCGGCCCCAAUGCCGGUCAUGCCCAUCCCGCGGCGGGUGCGCUCCUUCCACGGCCCGCACACCACCUGCCUGCACGCGGCCUGCGGACCGGCACGCGCCUCCCGCCUGGCGCGCACCAAGUACAACAACUUUGACGUGUACGUGCGGGCGCGCUGGCUGUACGGCUUCAUCCGCUUCCUGCUCUACUUCAGCUGCAGCCUCUUCACCGCUGCGCUGUGGGGCGCGCUGGCCGCCCUCUUCUGCCUGCAGUACUUGGGCGUGCGCGUCCUGCUGCGCUUCCAGCUCAAGCUGUCGGCGCUGCUGCUGCUGCUGGGCCGCCGGCGCGUGGACUUCCGCCUCCUGAACGAGCUGUUGGUCUAUGGCAUCCACGUGACCAUGCUGCUGGUCGGGGGCCUGGGCUGGUGCUUCAUGGUCUUCGUGGACAUGUGAGGGCCGAGCGCCUCGGCUGGCUCAGGGGCUUGUUUACUGUGACCCAUGGGGUCGAUGCCUGCGGCCGUGCUCCUUUCUGGAUGGGGUAGGUCAGGGCCCGUUUCUCUCCCACUCCAUCCUGCAGACGGGCUGCAGACACCUCCGGCCUCUGGCCCAGGAGAGGAACAGGCUGAGACUGCGCCUCUUCCUCCCUCUGGUUUUUUCCCCCGGCCCUCCUGUGAGCGCAUCCUGGCGCAGUGUCCCCUUGGCUGCCUCCCUGUGGUCCAGCCCGCACUCUUCUAGGCUGUGCUGUGGGGGCCCGUCGGUUCAGCCUGCACCUGGAGAGCCUCUGUGUCCCUGUCCUUUCUCCAGGACACUGGCAUCACCCGUAGUGUGGGAGGCCUCUGGGAGGGGUGUGCUGCUUGGGAGCAAAUCUGGAGGGGGUCCAGCCCCUGCCCCAGCCUUAGGGAAGCAUUGAGCCCCACUAGCUGAUGCACCUCACUGCCACAAAGCUGUUCACUCCACCCUGGGUCGCCUGAGACCCUCCUCCGCCUGUCACCCUGGAAGGUGUCGGGGGUCUUGAGUCCCAGGCCAACUCUUUAGGGUCGCCUUGGUUCGCGGAGGUGCAGUCCGGCAGGGAUUAUGGCCUGGCCCAGGGCAGAUCCGUCUUCAUCCUGGGCAGGCCUGUGGAGAAUGUCAAGCCUUUUCAUAUGGGGGAUUCGGGAGACAACUCCAUUUCUUUCUGGUUUCCAGGGGGUGCUUUCAGUCUGCCUGCCUUUGAGGGAGUGCCCGGAAUUGAGGUUUAUAUGUCUGGAACAGAUGUCAGAGGUCUUGGGAGGCACACCAAGGCCUCUGCGUGUGCACCACAAAGUACGGUCAGACCCUGUGUUUAAAAGCACCUGUUAGGGUCGAGGGUGUGGGCCAGGGCUGGAUCUGCAAGCUCGGCUGCCCCCUGUUCCUGCCCCGGCACCGUUCGAGCAGCCAGGGCGUGCAGACCAAGGAUGAAUGUAGGCAGGGACUGAUGGCUGGGGAAGAACAGGGUGGUGGCCUGGCGGGGCUUUUGGUCACAGAGAAGGACGCACUCCAGAGGGCCAGCAUCUUGUCUAGACCCCUCGCUCUGGCCUUCUGCAUCGGGUGGCCACGUGGCUUAGUGGCCACUGUGGGCCUCAUUGGCAAGUGAGAGGGUGCCCUGAGUAAUUAUGCUGGGUCAGCAGGCAGAGACCAGGGACUGGACAUAGGGCUCCAUGUUGAGCGUGACAGGCUGCUGCUGCUUCACCCCAAGUUAUCCCCACACCCCCUGGGCUUGGGCAGUGGCCCUGGGGGGACUAUCAGGACAGGUGUCUGCCAGUCAGGCAGAGAAAGCAAAAAAUACUUGGCUGUAAACCGUGCUCUUUAAUUUAUAGCCAGCUCUGUCGGGCGACUGUCACCCUGAGGUCAGUGGGAAGGCUCCUUGAAGGAAGGGACGAGUCGAGUCUGUCCGAGUUGCCGAACGGCAGGCGAGGAGCUGACCUGCGCGGCCCCACUUGUCAGCGCUGCAGAGAAUCUCUUGCACUAAAUCGUGGUGUUUCUUUCCUAAAAGCUUUGUUUGUGUUAGUUAACUGUCGUUGCUGAGCUCCCCUGAAGCCCCUUGCUGGGGUGGGCACGUGUCCACACCCUCAGGACGGCAGGAGGGGUCUGGCGGUGCAACCUUGAAUGCCAGCGUGGCAGUGCUGGGCAUUGACAGCUCAGCAGCGCUGCUCGGUGUCUGGAGUGCCUGUUCAAUUCUUUGUGACAUGAACCACUGCAUUAAACUUAUUUUUUUAACAUGUU